AGUGCCGGCUUGACCGUUGUGCAGUUUUCACGUCUGUCAAGACAGCUUUUUCACCCGCAUCUUAUCACCUUGAACAACAAACUGGAGAUGAGCCAAUCGGGAAGUGUUUGGAUCGAGAAUCGUCUUUCUCUCUCAUGAAUUCCGUCUCUGCAAAACUUUUAAACUUUUUCCCGUCAAUGUUGGAUUCCGAGGAAUCGUUAUCUUUCGAGUAUCCCGGGAUGGACAGCUUUCUGCACAUGUCAACGCCUAUGAUUAAUGUCUCGCUUUCUGAAAUGGAUCGCUACGAGACAGACCUCAAUUCGUCUCUUUCCGACCAGGAUAAUAACGGGACAGAUACCAAUAAGUUUGUCCAGCCCGACUGGCAAGUUGCCCUGUGGGCAAUCGCUUAUGCCGCUAUUGUGACUGUAUCCGUGAUUGGCAACCUGACGGUGAUUUGGAUUAUUCUGGCUCACAGGAGGAUGAGGACGGUCACCAAUUACUUCAUUGUCAAUUUGGCAUUCUCAGACGCGUCUAUGUCCGCGUUCAAUACUGUCUUCAAUUUUGUCUAUGCCAUCCACAAUGACUGGUAUUUCGGGCUGGGCUUCUGCAGAUUCCAAAACUUCUUUCCGAUCACUGCCAUCUUCGCGAGUAUUUACUCCAUGACGGCUAUCUCAGUGGACAGAUACAUGGCAAUUAUUCAUCCAUUAAAACCAAGACUGUCUUCAUUUUCCACAAAAGUCGUCAUUGGGACAAUCUGGCUCGUGGCUUUCAGUCUGGCCUUCCCUCAGUGCUUCUACUCCAAAACUGUUUAUUUCCACCCGAGGACAAUCUGUAUGGUGGACUGGCCGGAGGCUGACGGUGGCAAACACAGAUUGAUAUAUCACAUCACUCUGAUCGUCUUAAAUUACCUGCUGCCCCUGAUGGUUAUGCUGGUGACAUACAGCAUUGUGGGAGUGACGCUAUGGGGCAGCGAAAUCCCCGGGGACUCGUCUGAACACUACCAAAACCAGAUACAAGCCAAGCGGAAGGUUGUUAAGAUGAUGAUCAUUGUCGUUGUGACAUUUGCCAUGUGCUGGCUGCCCUACAACCUCUACUUCAUUCUGGGAAGCUUCAAUGAAGAGAUCUAUAAGCAGACGUACAUCCAGCAAGUCUACCUGGCCGUCUUCUGGCUGGCCAUGAGCUCCACCAUGUACAACCCCAUCAUCUACUGCUGCCUCAACCAGAGAUUCCGUGCCGGAUUCCGACGGGCUUUCCGUUGGCUGCCUUUCGUGAUGGUGACGGAGGACGAUGAGGUACAGCUGCAGCACUCCAGGACUUUCCGGAUGACUCGCAGCUACCGGACUGAGACCACCACCACUGUAGUCCACCAGAACUCGAUUGACCAAGAAGAUAAAGAAACCACAGCCAAACUUAUUAAAGUCAUGUGAGGGUUUGCUUGCCGUUGAGUGGAUGGAGACACCUGGUCAGGCCUGGUGUGGCUCAGGGGCCGCAGAUGGACGUCUUUCUCAUAAAUGGUGCACGCCUUUUCUUCCUCUGAGGUGAAUUUGUAACUUCUUCUGUAGUGCUGGGGUGUAAGAUGGGCUUAGCCUCUUGUACUUUGUGUUUUUUUUCUUUUGUAUUUUAUUUUCUGAAGUCGAGGUGGACUCUAACUACAGUGGCCAUAAGUAAGUGGAGACAGAAGAGCGC